AUGGUGUCUUCUGGACUUUUGAGGAUCCUGGUGAUAUCCAUCCUUCUAGAGAAUGUCCAAGGAUUUAGUCUGACUAACUUGUUCUCUCCAAGGAGAUGCCCCAGAAUCCGAGAGAAAUGCCAAUUCAAAGAAAGGGAUGAAUGUUCGAAGAACAAAACCUGUCCGGACAAGAAGAAGUGCUGUGUCUUCAACUGUGGGAAAAAAUGUUUAGACCUCCAACAAGAUAUCUGCAGUUUGCCGAAAAAUCCUGGGCCCUGCAUGGCUUUUUUUCGUCGUUGGUGGUAUGAUAAGAAAAAUGAUACCUGUUCCACUUUCAUCUAUGGUGGCUGCCAAGGAAACAAUAACAACUUCCAAACCAAAGACCUGUGUCAGAAUAUGUGCUCCAAAAAACGUGAGUACCAAGGGCCUCGACCUCCCAUCCUCACCAGGGCCACGUGGGAGGUCUGGGUGUUGGCUAGUCCAUUCUAG